AUGGACGCAACAGCCGCUACACCAUCCCUCAGCCACGCCUCGUUAAAUCUAGUUUCUGAUUGGUUAUCGACGAUGCGGUAUGCGGCAACGGUGAUUGGUUGCGGGCUGGCGUUAUUCUCGCCGUCGGCCGGUCGAUCACCGGGCCACACUCUAACCACCGAUCACCGAGUCCCUGACGUGGUCACCUUUGCCGUCGUUGCAAACCUUGCCUCCGUGGCCAUCGUCAUGAGCCGUGUCGAGGUUCAACAACACCGGUCGACGUCGUCGUUCGUCAUCACCCGUUCACGUUCGGCCGUUCGAUGGCCAUCGCUGCUUUUCGGCAUCGCCUUGGUUGUGCUUAUUUUUGAUGGUGAAUCCUCGCUGAAAAGCGAAACGCUUGUCCACCGCAGGCGCGAGUUUGGCGGCGGCGUCGUCGUGGUUGUCGUCGAGGCUAGUUCUUGUGCAAUCGAGUGA